AUGUGGUUCUCAAAUUUUCAUGAUACUAGAGAAGCUUUUUUCGUAAUGUUCGUAUACCUAUUUUUCAAAGCAUUUGGACUCGCUACUGUCAAAUUUAAUUUUGAGUCUAUUAAGAAAACGCUUAUAGCGGGAAAAGAAGCUUCCGAAGUAUUGAAACCCUCUCGAGUUGGCAUUGCAUAUAAUAUGUUAUUAAUAAUCAUACUGAGCAUCUUAAACUAUGUCGCCAUCAGAGUUUCGUACGAACGUCCCGAUUUCACGGACAGAUCGGAACUAGAAAUGAAAAUCGACACCGUAAAGGCAGUAACAGCUUGUUUUAGUUCCUUUAUUAUUUUACUUAUAUUCAGUUUUCAACAAGAAAAGUAUGUUCUGACAGUCCACGAAGUUUUAUCAAUCAGGCAGAGUUUGAUAUCGAUAAACAGCGCCAUUUACUUCGAAAACGAAUCAAUCUGGAAGAUCAUAACAAAAUUACUCAUUUUUAUGUUUGUAAAUUGGAUACUGCUGUUCAUCACGAUAGAGAUACAAAACGAUUAUCAAUUCCUACUUUACUUCGUCACGACCAAUCUCUGCGACAUGAUAAUGACCCAUACGGUUCUGCAGUUCAGCAUCGCAUUGAAAAUGAUAGAGCAACUGUUCAGAGUCACAAACGCCAAUUUUGAUCACGACUCCAAGGCUUCCUUCCGCUUAAACGACGAAAUAUGUCUCAAUGUUGCCCUGAAAAAGGUGCAAGUAAUACUUAAUAAAUUAUCUCGUCUACAAGACUUACAUUUGUCGCUGUGCAAUGUCUUCGAGGAUUUGGCAGGUUUCUAUGCUCAAUCGAUGCUCUUGUGCGUUUGGUAUAUUUUUGUCUCGAUGAUUCUUAGUGCAUUUUACGUAACUAAACCGAUAAUUACGGGAAAUACUGGUCUAUCGGUCGUUAUGUACUUGCGCACCGUUAUUCAUUUUCUACACCAUACCAGUUUGUUAAUUAUGCUGACUAAAUGUGUCACCGACUUGAUUGCUGAGCGAGAAAAGACUGGAAAAAUUAUUAGUGUAUGGUUAGCUAAAAUUGAUAAUCAACAAUUUGAAAAGAAAUUGACAAAGUUUUCCAUUUACUUAAUGCAUCAAAAAGUAAAGUUUUCCGUCUUUGGAAUUUUCUCGUUGGAUAACUCGAUUUUGUUAUCGAUAAUCGGCACAAUCACAACCUAUUUGAUAAUCUUGCAGCAAGAGAACCUUUCAUCAAAUUCUAAUAAUUCUAAUUGCCACUAA